AAUCAAUAAGUUAAGGUGAAGGUCGAUAAUAAAUCAUCUUUACUUCAUUUAUUAAAAAAUUGCUGAUCUAUAGUUCACUUGUCAAUUGAAAAUAUCAGAAAUGGAAGAAUUUGAUGUUAUAGUUGUAGGUGCUGGAAUAAUGGGAAGUAGCACAGCUUAUAACUGUAUUAAAAAAGGAUGUAAAACUCUCCUUCUAGAACAGUUUCCAUUACCUCAUGCCAGAGGUAGUUCUACGGGUCAUUCAAGAAUAACUAGAAAAGCAUAUUCUAAGGAACUGUACGCGAAUAUGAUGCCAGAAGCCUAUAAAUUAUGGAGCGAGUUAGAAACGGAAACAAACACUCAGAUAUACAAGAAAACAGGUGGGAUUAUUAUAGGAAAAGCAAAUGUCAGAUAUUCCGAAUAUGAAAAAGUUCUAAAGGAAUUAAAAACAGAAGUACUUUCUCUCACUGAAAAUGAAAUUGUUGAAAUGUUACCAAACACAAAUUAUUAUGGCUUUCAAGGAAUAUGUGACCCUGAAGCUGGUGUAUUAUUUGCUGAUAAGGCUGUUAAAUCAUUUCAAUCAGCGUUCCUUAGACGAGGUGGAUCGUUAAAAGAAAAUGAAAAGCUCGUAAAUAUUUCUACUGGGAGUAUUGUUAAAAUUACAACUACAAAAGGAAUUUACAAUGGUAAAAGUUUGAUUGUUUGUGCUGGAUCUUGGACAAACAAAAUACUUUCAGAACUGGAUUUAAAACUGCCGCUUAACCCUCGAUACGUUAAAGUAUGCUAUUGGAAAGUAAAAGAUGGAUUAAAAAAAUCAAAUCUUCCUGUCUUGAUUGAUGUUAAUGGUGUCAACUAUCACGGUGUAAGAGAAGGAGUUUAUGGAACACCUCCAGAAGAAUAUCCCGACUUUUACAAAGUUUGUAUGCAUGGAGGUAAAGAUCUAUCUGAUCCAGAUUUCAGGGAUGGAUCCGAUGAUGGAGAAGAAGUGAAAAUUAUAUCCAACUACGUUUCAAAAUAUAUGCCUUUCUUAGAUUCAAGGCCAGCCAUUGUGGAAACUUGUAUAUAUACAAUGACUCCUGAUGAAGACUAUAUAAUUGAUCGUCAUCCUAACUGUAAUAACAUUUUCUUCGGAGCUGGCUUUUCAGGGCAUGGAUUCAAGUUGGCUCCAGUUGUUGGAAAGCUGCUAAGUGAAAUGGUUCUUAAACAACCAACUACUUUUAAUACUGCACCUUUUAGCCUACAUAGAUUUCGUAAUUCUACUUCUAAACUCUGA